GCACGCACCCAAGCGCGCGAGAGCCGAGCCGAGCGCCUCGUCUUCCCUUCCUACCUCCUCUCCUCUCCUCUCUCUGCUCUGGUCUUCUCCUCGCCCGGCGAAACCGGACCCCGGCGGUUAUAUACACGCGCCUCCUCCUCCUCCUUCCUCGCCGCACGUCGCCCUCCGCUCUCGCCUCUCCUCAGCCGUCAGUCGGACUUUGAUUGCACCGGAGAGAUCGGAAUGGGCGGCUUCGCCUACCCAUUCACGCCGUCGCCGGCGUGGUCGCGUGACAUCGUGUUCACCGGCUCGUCGUGGUCAGGCGGCGUCUCCUCCUCCCUCGCCGGGAGCUACGACGAGGCGGCGUUCCUCGGCGAGAUCACCGCGUCGUCCCCCACGGCGACGAAGCUGCACGAGCAGCUGCUGCUGGAGGCCGACCUGCUGCGGCAGAGCGAAGGCCUCGGCUUCGCGAUGGACGACGGCGGCGCCGCGGCGGAGGCGCUGGGGUCGGUGCUCGGCGCGCCGGGGCCGGGGCCGGGGCCGGGGCCGGGCCCGUGCGCCGUGCCGCUCACCGACAGCGUCCCGCUCAUCUGCAGCAGCAGCUCGAACGACAGCAGCGGGAGCGAGCAGUCCCUACCGGCGUCGUUCCUCGCCGGGGAGCAGCACGUCCCGGCCGCGGCCUACGCGGGUGUCCCUCCCAUGGCCGGAGAAGAAACGCACCAGAGCUUCGGCUUUGGCAGGCUCUCCAAUGGCGAUCUCCUGCAGGAGGCGGAUGGGAGCAAGUACCAGCAGCUGCUGGGCGCUGGGCGCUCGUCGUCACAGCUGCUUCUGCAUGAUGACAUUGAUUUCGAUUCUGGCAAGCUGCUUUCUUUUGCUCCUGGACAGCAAGUUACCCCCUGCAUUGACAGUCUGCAGGUUGAUCAGAAGGAAUUCAGUGGCCUGCACCACCUUAAUCUCUCCUCCCUGAUGUCUGGGUCACUCGCAUCAUUCAAUGCAACACAGAGCCAUAGACAGCCUACUGAAGCUCGCAGCGACAAAAAUGAUAGUGCUGCUCCAUUUGUGAAUCUGUCUGAGGUUCUACCAAAUGGCAAUGGGGGUAGUGCUGGGAAUGGAGCACCCAAGCCUCGUGUCAGGGCUCGCCGAGGCCAGGCCACCGAUCCCCACAGCAUUGCAGAGAGGCUCCGGAGGGAGAAGAUUUCUGACAGGAUGAAGGAUUUACAGGAGCUUGUUCCAAACUCCAACAAGACCAACAAGGCUUCCAUGCUCGAUGAGAUCAUUGACUACGUGAAAUUUCUUCAGCUACAAGUCAAGGUCCUUAGCAUGAGCAGGCUUGGUGCGGCCGAGGCCGUUGUCCCUCUUCUGACAGAAUCACAAACUGAGAGCUCCGGGCUUCUCUUGUCCCCAAGAUCAGGAGAGCGGCAGGCAGGAGCAGGGCUCCUCGGCGGCGGCCAGCCGGAGCUCCAGGACGGCGCCACCUUCGAGCAGGAGGUGGUGCAGCUGAUGGAGAACAACAUGACGACGGCGAUGCAGUACCUGCAGAGCAAGGGCCUCUGCCUCAUGCCGGUGGCUCUGGCGUCGGCGAUAUCGGCGCAGAAGGGGACGUCCUCGGCCGCGGUUCGGCCGGAGAAGAACGGCGGCGGCGGCGGCGGCGAGGAGGAGGAGGAGGUGAAGGGAGCGUUUCACGCACUGAGGCCUCCUCCUCUUGGCAGGCCGAAGGAGAUGAAGUCUAGAGCCUAGAGGUGCCUAGCUGUGUAAAGCUAGAAUCUCUGCUGGUUCAGGAGAGAUGGAGCUUAAUUAGUACGGAGUAGAUCCUAACAUUUUGCUGCCUACAUGUUUGUCAAGUUCUGGUGAUCUCGAACGACCUUUUUAAUGUUAAAAGUGCCUAGAAACUUGUUAUUAUGGAGGUCAACUUGUUGUCAAAUAUAUGUUUUGUAAUGUUGCGUUUGCAAUGCCAUCGAGUCAUUUGAUAUUUGAUCUAAUUUAUUACCAUCUCUU